AUGAUUGCGAGCAGCUUGAUGCGUCUCGUGAUGCUCCUCUCCAUUAACGAUGUCAUAUCACGCGAUGGAAAUAGUCAUCUGACCAUAAGGUCUCUGCAAACGGACAGGCCUAAGAGGACAAUGAAGUAUCCAUGUGCUGAUUCAGAACCAUUGCCCAUGUCAGUCCCGAUGUCCGUGAUGCCGACCAAGCCCUCCUUUCGGACGAAACUCCAGCCGUGCGAGCAGGAGCAAUGGGAUUGGGCUCCAAACCUGACAGACACAAACCCAUCCGCUCAACAAUCCAGGAAAAGGCUCUCGGAAAGAGGAAAAGCUAAGAAGAUGUUCGGCUGGGGAGAUUUUCAGUGCAAAGUGAAGUCCACGAGCCUCAAUCUGCUCAUCGCUGGGAAGAUUGUGGAUCACGGCAAUGGAACGUUCAGCGUUUAUUGAUAUAACACCACCGGAGGUGAAAGCGUCUCCGUGAGGCUGGUUCCUCCAAGCAAAUUGGUGGAAUUUGAUGCAGCUGCUCAAACCGUUCUGCACUCGGUGGAGUCGAGGAUGUUUAACUGCAGGGUGGAGUAUGAGAGGGUGGAGAGAGGUGCAAAAGCACGCGCUGCUGGUACGACCGUCUCUCAUAGCUGCGACCAGGAUCAGACUCACAGCCAUGUUUCUUGGCUCUGCUCAAAACCGUUCAAAGUCAUCUGCGUCUACAUAUACUUCUACAGCUUGGACUACAAACUGGUGCAGAAAGUCUGCCCAGAUUACAAUUACCACAGCGAGUCUCCUUACUUACCUUUUGGAUGA